AUGUCGGGUGCAGGCUGCGAGUAUGAAAAGAUCGACAAGAGACGAAACCCACCAUCUUCAGAAUACACGAUUGGUCUACGAAAUAGAGUUGCUUCACUAGAAGCCUUCGUCCAGGAGUUGAGAGAAGCUACUCCCGCUCGCCGAGAUGAAAUGCUUGGGCCCGCGGCUUAUACACAGGGCACAUCAAAUAUUUCGAUCGCAGGGCCGUCUCAAGUCAUCCCAACUGAUACCACAGCCCGAGCACGCCUGAAGCCAGACGCAGAAGGAUCACUGGUUUACCAUGGCGCGACCAGCAUCUUCAACAGCGAUCUUCUCACCACAAGCGAAAGCUUUCCAAACCCAACACAGAGUCUGUAUGCAGAGUCCAACUUUGACCAUGUGAUGGAUCACUUCGGCAUCAAGUUGGAAGAUGACACAGUUUUCAAAGCACUGCAGCAAUUCUUUCGCUGGCAGUACCCCCAUUUUAUGUUUGUUUACCGAGAGGCGUUUCUUAGAGACCAUUUUGGUGAGCGAAAAGGCUGCAAGUACUGGUCAUCUGCACUUCUCCUGUCGAUAUGCGCAUUGGGCCUCCUUAUGUCAGACACUGAAGUGGAGCGGAAUUUGAUCGAGAAGUUCUUUCAGGCGGCGGAGAGUAUCGUGAUGGUAUCCGGCCUAAGCCGUCCUUCGAUUCCCACCGUCCAGUCAUUCUUAUGCUUGGCAUUUUUUGAAAUUGGUCGAGGGAACGUAUCCAAGGGAUGGGCUUUCUCAGGUAUCGCGUUCCGUAUGGCCCAAGACUUGGGCUUUCAAAGCGAUCCUAUGAACUGGCUACCACAUGACUCGACCAUUAUAUCAAGCGAGGAUAUUGAGAUCCGCCGUAGAAUCUACUGGGGCUCAUACAUAUCAGACAAGCUGAUAAGCUUGAUACUCGGGAGACCCGUACAACUGGCCUUCGAUAGCGCUGAGGUCGAUCUACUGGAGUUCAUAACUGACGGCCCCGGAAUGGAGUACUGGCGACCUGUUGGUUUUGGCGAUGACCCGGAAGAGCUUCGAGUCUUGUCAAACAUACCAUAUCUCAAAGAGCAGAUUCGUCUCUACAGAAUUGUUGAGAAAAUGAUGACGACAGUAUUUUCUCCAAGGACGCCUCGAACGCAGACAGACGUCUUUACACGGCAGACCCUGCUUGAUAAUCUCAACCUAGAGCUUCUCCAGUGGAGGGACGCGCUGCCCGCUUUUGCAAAGUGGAAUAAGUGGUCGACGGGUGUGACAAUAACACCAGCGGUGGCCACCCUCCAGUAG